GCCGACCCUCAGCGUCUCCCCCGUCAUCGUUUGUCUUUCUGUCGUCUCAACCACCGCAUCAUGAUAAUACGAUGAGCUCAACAAACUUUGCCGCUGCACAGGAGCGGGUUCUUGAGCGCAGGCGCCUCCGUGAGGCGGAAGCGCGUGCCCGUCGUGCGGACCAGCAGCGGGCGUCCCCGAUCAACUCGGCCACUGUCCAACGUCUUCCAUAUCCAUUGAAUCGUGUACCAGGGGCGGGAUGGUCGCUGUGGAACUCGAUCAAGGGUCGAGAUGGGACGCGCCCGGCGUUUCGUGUUGGUCAGGUUGAUGCUGAGUUACUAGAUGAGGAGUUGCUGGGUCUGAUGAAGAACCAAGUUGGAGAUGCUCUUAAAUACUUCGGGCCUCAAAUGCGAGAGGACUGGUCACAUGAGAUUCUCUUCGCACUACGAGCGAUUUUAUUCAAGCUCUCGAUCUGGGACCACAAUGCGUCAUAUGGAGCGGCCUUGCAAGGUCUCCGAUAUACGGACAGCCGAAGCAAGGGCCCCGUUCACUCUACACCUACUAAAUGGCAGAAGACCAUGUACGGCUUGCUGACGGUCGGCGGACGAUAUGCCUGGGACAAGUGGGAGAGCUGGCUGGUUGGACAAGAGGGUGGCUACGAAGAGCCAUCACAGGAAGUUCGGAUGUUCUCGCGAAUUACAGAUCUCGUUUCCACGACACACUCGGUCGCAGCCUUCGUUUCCUUCCUUGUUUUCCUAGUGAACGGUCGCUAUCGAACCCUCGUCGAUCGAAUCCUCCGCAUCCGCCUCACGCCACCAUCCGCUCAGGCCAGUCGUGAAGUUUCCUUUGAAUACUUGAACCGACAGCUGGUCUGGCACGCUUUCACCGAGUUCCUCCUCUUCCUGCUUCCUCUGGUCGGUAUCAGCCGUUGGAAGCGAUGGAUCUCACGCGCAUGGCGCAAGACCGUCAAAGCGCUCAAGUCGAGUGAGGACGACGAGGAAACCACCGAGAAGCAAGGAGAGCUGGCCUUUCUCCCGGAACGGACGUGCGCAAUCUGCUAUCGGGAUCAGAAUCCGGCUGCGACGACCGAAAGCGACGUCCUUGCAGCCUCGGCGGGAGCAGGUGGAAUUUCGGGGUCUGCUCAGACAGAUAUUACAAAUCCUUAUGAGACCAUUCCUUGCGGCUGUAUCUACUGUUUCGUCUGUAUCGUACAGAAGCUGGAAGCCGAAGAAGGGCAGGGCUGGGUCUGUCUCCGGUGUGGUGAGAUUGUCAAGAAGUGCCAGCCAUGGAACGGCGACGUCCUCGAGGAGUCGCGUUCGCAGCCCGGCACCGGCAAGAUUGUUGGAUUUGCCAUAGAUGAUGACUCACGCGGCGACUCCCAGGACACGGAAAAGGCACAGGGACAAUCUGACAAGUCCAGCCCCUUGGAAGAAAUCACUGCCGAUGAGGCCUUGCAGCACUCCAGCCAGUGGUCUACGGACGAAAAGGAGCCCGCCGGGGACGAGUCUACAACCGAAGCCAAUGGCUUUGCGGAGGACAACGAGAAGUCAUAAAGACAUGCUACUGCUGCACGGUCCUUGCUUCUACCUUCUACGCAUCGUUUGAACACUUAUCCAGUCCAGCUGAUGUGCAAGCUUAAAUUGCCGCGGCGCCUAUCAUUAGAAACCCCCCGCCCCCUACGAUACCCACCCCACCUGGGAUAUUACGCCUUGUACAUAACCUUUGAUAUCCUCAAAUCCAAAAAAAAAAUAUCUACUUCAUCCACACAACCCCACAAAACCCCAUAGCAGCCCCAGCCAACGGAAACAAAGACCGACAGAAAUUCAACUCUGCCCAUCUCCACAGUAACAUGGGAACCUCAUCAUCUUCCUUCGUACGACGAACCUUCUCCGCCGCACUCACCACCAUUCCCUCCGUCCCCUCCGCGACCGCUGCAUCGUCCCGCGUCGCAUGCGCCCGCAGCCGGUCAUUCGUACUCUUCAUCGCCGUCAGCGUCCAGGGCACCAUGCUCAGCGUGACCACUACAGCGGUGACGUAGAAGCUUGUCCAAGAUUGACCGGUCCUCGUCGGAACGGGCAUAUCGCGCAAUGUCCAUGCGAGAUACCCGUUGGCUAGAGACGCGACUAUCGCGAUCGGCGGGAAGAUGUUCUUGCCGCGCUCGUAGACAUCGAGCCACUGGUGUGUUAAAUGGGCGAUGGGUGUCCCGGGUAUUUCGUUGCAGGGAAUCGUCGCGCCUGGGGGACGGCGUGCGGGGAGAGCAAGGUUGGGUAUGUCCAUUAUGGAGAGGGUCAUGACGCCGCCUGGUUGCACAUUAGAUAUGGACAAAUCAUCGUUUCAUGGGACCAAUGAUCUAGUAUUGUUUACUGGGGGAAGGAAAGGGAGGAUCUUCAGUACCAGCCGUAAAGCUACAGCCCAGCGUCCCGAUUGCUUGGGCGAUGAUCAUAUCCGUCAUUAUGCCGGUGACGGGUAGGGUAUGCGGGGGACGAGGAUACCGAUCGGGGAAAUUGGUCUCGAUUUAUGGAGGAAGCCGAGGUGGUAGAGUCAAGCUAGAUUGAGAAUAUAUUCGCCGAGAUGCUGGGGAGGCGUGUCUCGGAUGGAAGUGUGUUAAGAAGGGAACAAAGAAACUCUAGGGCGUUGACUAUGACGUUGCACCUAAUCGAGUUAGCCGGUCGCUGGGAAAGGGAAUUUUACGAGAGGCUAGUUGGAAUGCGGGGCAUGACUCUUGUACUGUAGGUACAUUGUUGAUAGGCUUUUAAGAGGGUUUGGUCUUGGUGAACGUAUUCUGUAGGUGAUCUAUAGCUGGCUGUGACUCUUGUGUAUGGUCUCACUCUCCA